CAAGGCCAACUACUGUGGGCACUACAGAAGAGACAACCAAACAAACUACAAGGCCAACUACUGUAGGGACUACAGAAGAGACAACCAAACAAACUACAAGGCAAACUACUGUAGGGACUACAGAAGAGACAACCAAACAAACUAAAAGGCCAACUACUGUAGUCACUACAGAAGAGACAACCAAACAAACUACAGUGCCAACUAGUGUAGUUCCUACAGAAGAGACAACCAAACAAACUACAAGGCCAACUACUGUGGGAACUACAGAAGAUACAGUGCCAACCACUGAGGGGACGACACAAAAGACGACACAAGAAACGACUUCCCAAACAACUGUCUUACCAACGGCUGUACCAACGACACAAAUUACAACACAGCCACCAAAAACUCAGUUCACAACGGAAGUAACUACAAUUAUACCAACCACUGAUACUACAACGAAACAAACAACUCGACAAUCUACUCAAACUACAAUACCAACGACCACAUUGCGAUCUACACAGCCUACAACGGUGUCAACAAUGCUCUUACCAACAGGUGUACCAACCACACACGUUACAACGCUUCCAACAACUCAGUCCACUACUGAACAAACUACGGUGCCAACCACCAAGGGGACGACGCAAAAGACGACACAAGAAACGACUUCACAAACAACUGUCUUCCCAACGGCUGUACCAACGACGCAAAUUACAACACAGCCACCAAAAUCGCAGUUCAGUACGGAAAAAACUACAGUAGUGCCAACCACUGAGGGGUCGACACAAGAAACGACGAUCCAAACAACGAUCUUCCCAACGGCUGCACCAACGACGCAAAUUACAACACAGCCACCAAAAUCGCAGUUCACAACGGAGCAAACUACAACGUUAACCACUGAGGAGACGACACAAGAAACGACUUCCCAAACAACGCUCUUCCCAACGGCUGCACCAACGACGCAAAUUACAACACAGCCACCAAAAACUCAGUUCACAACGGAACAAACUACAGUGACAACCACCGAGGGGUCGACACAAGAUACGACGAUCCAAACAACGAUCUCCCCAACGGCUGUACCAACGACGCACGUUACAACACAGCCACCAAAAACUCAGUUCACUACGAAACAAACUACAACCACAGAGGAGACUACACAAGAUACGGUGAUCCAAACAACGCUCUUCCCAACGGUUGUACCAACGACGCAAAUAACAACACAACCACCAAAAUCGAAGUUCAGUACAGAACAAACUACAGUGCCAACCACCGAGGGGUCGACACAAGAUACGACGAUCCAAACAACGAUCUUCCCAACGGCUGUACCAACGACGCACUUUACAACACGGCCACCAAAAACUCAAUUCACUACGGAACAAACUACAACCACGGAGGAGACUACACAAGAUACGGUGAUCCAAACAACACUCUUCCCAACGGUUGUACCAACGACACACGUUACAACACAGCCACCAAAAACUCAGUCCACAACGGAACAAACUACAACCACUGAGGAGACAACACAAGAUAUGACAAUCCAAACAACACUCUUCCCAACGGCUGUACCAACGACACAAAUUACAACAGAGCCACCAAAACCUCAAUUCACUACGGAACAAACUACAACCACCGAUGAGACAACACAAGAUACGACGAUCCAAACAACACUCUUUCCAACGGUUGUACCAACGACACACGUUACAACAGAGCCACCAAAGCGUAAGUUCACUAUGGAGCAAACUACAGCGCCACAAACUACAGUGCCAACCACCGAGGAGACGACGAUUCAAACAACACUGUUCCCAACGGCUGUACCAACGACACAUGUCACAACGAUCUCACCAACAACUCAGCCAACGACAGAGAGAACCACUGUGGGGACUGCAGGUAAGACAGCACAAGCGCCACCAGCGACAAGUACAGAACAUACAACGCCACAUAGUCACACAGCAAACUUCACGACCGACGCCCGAGACGACCACAGUACGAACAACACAAGCAAGCAACAUCUUAGCUUACUACGGAGCAAGCUUCCGCCGACCACUGUAGUUGCAGAGAGAACGAAAGACACUCGGAAGCUAAAAUAGGCAGCUAAAGACAACGACUCAAAUGACAACGCAACAACCAAACGCAAUA